AUGAACCUAGGUAAUGGUAAGAAGGAAGAGGAAUUGGCAUUAGAACAGUAUGGAGUGAACCUGACAUCGAAGGCAAGAGGUGGAAAGCUAGAUCCAGUCAUCGGGCGUGACUCGCAUAUCCAACGCCUCAUUCAAAUCCUUUCUCGUAGGACAAAAAACAAUCCCGUAUUGAUUCUGUUCAUCGACGAGAUGCACUCUCUGUUGGGGCUUGUUAAGGCAAAGUGA